CCCACCACUACCACUACCACCGUCGCCACCGAGCCUGCUCCUUUUAUAUCUUUUGUUUCAAAAAUUCAAUUCAACGCUGUUUCAAAUAAAAUUCCCGACUCUUUUUUAUUUUUCAUGUUUCUUUAUUUUUCCUUUUCUGUCAUAAUAUUUUUUAAUUUUUAGACAAAAACAUAACAAAACGAAACGAAACGAAACAGAGAAAUGCAGUCGCCGGCAUCUUCACCUCGUCACACAAAUGGCAGCAAUGGGCACAGCACUUCAACUAUCAGCGAGCAGGACCUUUUGCGACGGACCUCGCGGGUUCUCCGGCAGCUAUACCUCCGGGAGCAGCGCUGGAUAGAAACACGGACGCCCUCCCAACUAUCCGACCUGACGCAGCAGGGUCAGCUGCCGCUCAAUGAGCAGCUACACUACGGGGAAAUAGCAUUUGUGCUUUUGCGCCUCAAACCAUGCGCCAUAAUAGAUUUUGCGACGGAAGACAAGCAGCUGUUGAACGACUACGUGCAAAGGGUUAUUCAGCCCACAGUAGGCGAGCUCAAUGCCUUGGGCUUGCUGGCCAAAAAGAUGACCAAGGGACACCAGCAGCGGAGGGCGGAAUCUAAUUCGGCGUGGUAUCCAAGAGAGUUCCGGCUGGCGUGUGCACGGAUUGAGGGUCAGUUGGCCAGUCCCGAGGUGCCCAGCUGGACAGGUGCAUAUGCUUUGUAUGACGAAAUGUGGGAUGAGUCAAGGGAUUGGGCAAGGGCCAAUUUGUUGGACGCGAAGAAGGGCAGCAUUAGUGAGGACGAGUUGGCACGGGGGCUGGACUACCCCGGUUCCAUUCCCAAAACUAACGAGGACAUGCAGCUGAUUGUACCCGUAUCGUACUUGGGCCGCAUAAAGUAAGUCAAACCGCGUCCCAAAUAGGAAAGCAAGAGAUAAACGAGACCGUGGGAACGACAGUGUAAAUGCAAGCAAACAAGAAGACGGGUGUAGAAAUAGAUGCAGAUAGGCUCGAGCUUACCCAAUGUGGAAGGAGGGAGUUUUGAUAAACAACCCGAACUCGGCUUAUUAACGAUUCCAAACUAAACUUUAAAACUUUAUAUUUUUAUUAUCGCCUAUUUUUCGUAGAAGCGAGAGCGGGGAGUGGCUGUCAGAUCGGUGGGAGUGUCUGACCUCGUUCAUCGUUUUGCAGCACGAGCUGCCGCAGAUGGCUCUGCACCGCAUCCGCUACGAGGCAAUCCGGAUGUUUGACAUUGAGAUGCAGGUCGCCAUGGACACGUCUUUGAUCGAGGAGUUUCCAAUACAUAGCGAGAAUUGAGGGGUGCAUCACUGAAUGCCGCGCUGGUGAGAGGUUUUGCUCUUGCUGAUACAAGUACAAAUACAAAAUACAA